ACUGUAUAUUCGCAUUUUAUGCGAACUGUUUUGUCUUGCCGGUAAUUUCACUUUGUGGUAGUUGUCUUAUCUUUGGUUUCAUUUUUCAUUCGUAAGAAAAACGUUUUCGCACAUGUUAAAGAAGAUUUUUAUGUUGAAUGUCCAUUUAGAGUCCGCACAGUCUUCUUACCGAUUUGACACCAAUAAAGAUGGUAUGGUUUACAUGGCUGUUAUUUGUUUAUUAGACAACAUUGAGGCAGUUAUAGUAAGAAGACUAGACUAACAUGGACCAUUCAGACAGGACUCAACUGAGGAUCCGAUCACUUACCUUCAAAGCAAUGGAGGAAUUCUAGCAAGUGAAUCAGAAAUACGCAUCUUCAUUGAAAACUGAGUGGGAAGCAGUGAAGGACACUAUAAGUGCAAGUAUUGAGGAAUGUUCGUAUGAAUCACUUCUAGCUAUUGAAACAGUACUUAAUUCAAAAGUUAAUUCAUAUCGCCUUGUACUUCAGAAGUAUUUGGACUUUUUGAGAGAAACAAGAAGUGACCUUUCCAUUCAGAAACUUGAAGAGGAAAAAUCAAUCAGUAAAUCAAGAGAGACUGAAAUACAAACAUUCAGAGACUCACUCAUAAAGAAGCUCCAAUCAACCAGUGGAGUAUUUUCACCGCUACAGUGUCACUCACGUAAAAGUCGCACCAGUACAUCUAGUAGGGCUAAAGCGGCCGCUGCUAAAGCUCGCUUACAGUAUGCGGUAAAGGAAGCGGAGCUCAUGAAAGAACAUUCAAUAUUAGAAGAAAAAAGACUUGUCGCAGAAGCCGCUGCUGCAAGAGAGAAAUAAGACAUUGAAAUUCAAUUGAACCUUUUGAAAGAGGAACAAAUUGCUGCAGAGUUACAGGCAGAGGUGGAUGCCUUAGAAAACAGUGAUGAUGAAAGAAAUUCACAGUCAUUACAUGUGCCAGUUGAACAAAAAGCCCAAAGAGUGUUUGAAUUUGUGAACAUGUCUGCGGAGAAGCAUAACGAUCACACCCAACAUGCAAAACUAACAAUUAGUGAUAAUGUGAACCAAAUGCAGGACAUCACAAAGUUUUUGUUAAAGAAGGACUUGACUUUAUCAAGAUUAAUUCAGUUUAGUGACAAAUCAGAAAAUUACCAAGCUUGGAAGGGUACUUUUACUAAUGUAGUGAAAGAAAUGGACUUGUCUGCUUCAGAAACAUUAAACUUGCUUUUUAAAUGGCUUGGCACUGAAUCUAGGAAACAUGCCAUUAGUCUUAAAUCAUCAUGUGUGGACAAUGCAGCAAAAGCCGUUAAACUAUUAUGGCAACGUCUACACGAAAGAUACGGAACAGUAGAAAGCGUAUUCUCGGCUCUAACAGCAAAAUUACAAGCAUUCCCGAAAAUUACACAAAGAGACUAUAGUAAGCUAUAUGAACUCGGUGACAUUUUGAUGGAAAUACAAACACUCAAGGGAAAUGAAAAAUAUGAAGUCGCUCUUUCGUACUUUGAUUCAAGUGUUGGAAUCACACCAAUAUUGGGCAAAAUGCCAAAUUUCAUGCUAGAAAAGUGGGUGAAUAUUGCAAGCAACUACAAGGAAUCACAUGGUCUUGCUCAUCCACCAUUCUCGUUGUUGGUUGAAUUCAUUCAGAAACAGUCAAGGAUUCGAAAUGAUCCAAGUUUCCAGCUCCCAGCUGAAUCAAAACAAUUUGUGACAAAAAUAAGUGGAAAAAUGGAACCAAUAAGAUCUGUAGUUCACGCUAGAAAAACAGAUGUUGAAAAGUCUUCAGAAAAUGCAAAUUGUGCCCUCCAUCCGGGAAAGUCACAUUCGCUCGGCCAAUGUAGACAAUUUAAGGCAAAAUCGUUCACAGACAAACGGACACUACUGAAGAAAGGAGGCCUUUGUUUUAAGUGUUUUGGGAAUAGCCAUCAGUCAAAAGAUUGUAAAGAGAACAUUAAGUGUGAAGAAUGUGGAAAGUCACAUAAUACCGCCAUGCAUAUCGAAAGCCGUCAUGGCGGGGAGAGAACGGUGCCAACUGAAACAGUGAACAACUCAUGCACUCAAGUAUGUGGAUCUACGAAAUUUCCUGGAAAGUCGUGCGCUAAAAUUGUGCCAGUUUUCAUUUAUGAUAAAGGAAACAAAGACAACAAAGUAAAUGCUUACGCAAUAAUAGACGACCAGUCCAAUCGUACAUUAGUUAGUCCAAGCUUAUUAGACACUUUGAAUCUAGAAGAUAGUGAAAUAAUUGAGUAUUCUGUGAAUUCUUGUAGUGGCACCAAAGUGACAUGUGGUCGAAAAGUUUCUAGCCUUAUGAUAUCAAACCUUCUUGGCGACAAAGAAUUUGAACUCCCGUCAGUGUUAGAAUGUAAGAAUAUACCAAACAACAGAAAUGAAAUCCCUACGCCAGAAAUAGCCGCAUGCUAUGAUCAUUUGAAUAACAUUGAACGCGAAAUACCGCAGGUCAACAAUGAUAUUGACAUUCAGAUCUUAAUUGGUAGGGACUUGAUAGAAGCUCAUGUAGUUCACGACCAGAGAAUAGGACCUAAAGACACACAUUAUGCUCAGAAAUUAGCACUAGGCUGGGUAAUUGUGGGUGAAGCGUGCUUAGGAAGUAGAAACAUUCAGGUAGACAAUCUCACAUUAACUGUGAACAAAACGUGCAUCUCUAGUGAAGGUAGAAACACUGUGUUAUCUCCCUGUACAAACAGUUUCCUUUGUAAAGAAGAAUAUAAUCCACUUAGCCAGGAUUGUGAAAUCUUCAGGAAAACAAAAGACGAUGAUAAGCCAGGUCUCUCAGUGGAAGAUAGAGAAUUCAUCAGCUUGAUGAAUGAAAACUUCGUUCGUGGUCCAGCUGGCAACUGGACAGCUCCGUUACCAUUCAAGUCUAAUAGGCCGCGUUUACCCAACAACAAGGUUUUGGCAGAACGGCGCGCCAAAUUAUUGCAUGUGAGCCUGAAAAAGAACCCAGCAAAGAAACAACAUUUCGUUGAAUUUAUGAGCAAAAUCCUUGAAAAUGGACAUGCCGAAGUAGCACCAGAACUGAAACCCAACGAAGAAUGUUGGUAUUUACCUAUAUUCGGUGUGUAUCAUCCGAAAAAAGUUGACCAGAUCCGCGUCGUGUUUGAUUCCUCGGCAAACUUUCAAGAUUUGUCAUUGAAUGAUGUCCUUAUGUCUGGACCAGAUCUCACAAACAACCUUCUUGGUGUGUUGUUACGAUUUCGGAAGGAACCAAUAGCAGUGACAGCUGAUAUCCAACAGAUGUUCUACUGUUUUCAUGUGAAUGAAGAACAUAGAAACUUCCUCAGAUUCUUAUGGUAUCAGGACAAUGAUACAAACAAGAAAUUGAUCGAGUAUAGGAUGAAAGUACAUGUCUUCGGAAACCGUCCAUCACCCGCGGUUGCAGCAUAUGGUUUGCGCAAGACAGCUUUGAUUAGUUCUGGCGAGUUCGGCUUGGACGUGACAGACUUCAUCAUGAACAAUUUCUACGUAGAUGAUGGCCUCACAUCUGUUCCUACAGAAGAACAGGCAGUCACCUUGAUUGUUGGCACACAGUCAGCUUUGAUGAAAAAUGGUAAUUUGCGCCUUCACAAGAUUGCCUCGAACAGUAUGAAUGUGUUGAAUGCUUUACCCCGUGAAGAUUUAGCCAGAAAUCUAACAGAUAUAGACCUUUCCUGCAGUGAGAUUCCAUUACAACACAGCCUAGGACUCUGCUGGAAUAUAAAGAAUGACACUUUCACAUUUCAAGUAUCCAAAGAUGUGAAACCGUUCACACGCCGUGGCAUUUUGUCUACAAUAAAUAGUGUUUAUGACCCUGUGGGUUUUGUGGCGCCUGUUGUGAUUACAGGGAAGUUACUCUUGCAAGAUUUAGUGUCUGUAAACCAGGAAUGGGAUGAUUCCCUACCAGAAGAUAAAAUCACUGUAUGGCAAGACUGGUGCUCCUCUCUUAGUAGUUUGAAUAUGUUAGAAAUCCCUCGUCACUGCACACAGUCGUCAAGUGAGGCUACCAAGGAACUACAUGUGUACAACGAUGCGUCAGAAAGGGUGAUAGCCGCCGUAGCUUACAUUAUCUCAUCCCACGAUAGUUCCCAGCACCAGACCAGUUUUGUUUUGGGCAAGACAAAGGUGGCACCCCGCAGUGGUCACACCAUUCCUAGAUUAGAAUUAUGUGCCGCUGUGUUAGGUAUCGAAGUUGCUUGCACGGUACUGACAAACAUUGACAUAGAUUUCACUCAAAUCAAAUAUUAUUCGGACAGCAAGGUUGUGCUAGGCUAUAUAGGCAACAAAACAAGACGCUUUUACACGUAUGUUUCUAACCGGGUACAGAAGAUUCUGUCUCACUCAUCGCCAGAGCAGUGGUACUACGUACCAACACACCUCCUGCAGACAUUGGCACCAGAGGAGUUUCAGCAACAGACCUAGCAAAAAGCGCCUGGCUGAAAG